CGACAGCCUUGGCCAGCAGUUGCAAGUUUAUUGCUUCAGUCGCCUUAUUGUGUCCGCUUUUUAAUUAAUAAAAGAACAAAGAGCUUUACUGUAUAUCCUUGGAUCUAUGCAAUGAUGUGUUUAAUGAUAUGGUGGAUAUGGUGGUUAUUGUGGCUGUUAUUUGGUCAAGGAUUCACAAUGAAAAUGGGUUGGAAUGAAGAGCUUGAGUUUUGUGAGGAAGAAUGGAAGAAUUUUGUGGCGGACAAAAGUGAAAUCGAUUCGAAAUGCAACAAUACUCGUACACGUUGUUGUGUUGAGGAGAAGAAAUAUCUUUUGGAGCGAUUUAAAAUGUUUAGUGAAAUAUGUCCUCUUGAAGAAUUGGCAAAAUGGAAAGAACCAGAAAACUUCACGUGUCCACAUAAGUACAUAAAUGAAAAAGUAGAAAAGUAUUAUCUUAUACGUGAUACUAACUUUGGAAUCAUACAAGACAAAAUCCCUUACAAGUAUGUUUUAUACGGUGGAAAAACUCACUUUUGUCAUGUUGUCAUCAACAGGAACAGAAAACGAGAUACGAAUGGAUUUUUUAUCAAAUAUGUUCAGUCAGGAAAGUGUGUUGGGAAUUAUCCAAUCUCUGCCAACCUGUAUACAAUGAAAUGUUUUGAGGAGUCAGCUUAUUUUAAAUUUUUACAAUCUGGCUCCAUCAAUAGGUCGAAUACAACAAGGUGUCUUGAGGGAUACGGAAAUUAUCCAGUGUUAUCUUAUGGAAAUUUUAAUGGAGAAUGCGGAGCCAUCAAUACCAUAACCCAAACAAAUUGGGGUGGUCUAGUCUUUUCACGCUUUAAUAAAUGUAUAGUAUAUACAGGAAGUAAUUUAGUCUUGAGACUGGCUAAUUGUAAAAAUGAAGAAAAUCAGCGAUUCAAUUUUGGCUCAGUAACAUGUGAUGGAAAAAAUAUAUCGGACGUUAGUUGUUCUAAUAAUCAAUAUAUGGUGAUAAAAGUUGCAGAAUAUCGUGGAUUGAGAAACGGAAGUAUUUGUGGCUACAGUUAUGACCACAGUUGUAGUGUCGAUGUAACCUGUGACCUAAAAAAUUACUGUGAUGGUGAAAGGGAAUGUAAUAUAACUGUUGAUGAUAAUCAUUUUCAUUCGAAUAUUUGUCCUGGUUUGGAGAAAUAUCUUUACUUUGAAUAUCAAUGUAACUACACAAUUAUGGAUGUACGCCUGUCUAAAUCGAAUCUUCCGAACAAAGGUGUCGUGAAUGUUAUUACCAAGCUUAGAAACUUCACCAUUUGCAACAAAGGUCUUUUGCAUAAAAUAAAGACGAUUAUCUGUAAACAACUUGGUUAUCCUACCGCAGCAUCUGGGGCAGGCUCAAUGUCACUAUCAUCUUUGAUGCAUCAAUCGUUUAUACCUGGAAAUGUCAAAUGUGAUGCGCAAGUGAACGAUUUAUCUCAAUGUGCUAUCACUCAAAAUAAUGAUUGCUCUCAAUACUUGUACGUUACAUGUCAUGUUUGUGAUAAUCCUCUAUUAAAAAACGCAGAAAAAUUCCCAGAUUCUUGGUUUACUGCCUUCCCAAAGAGUCGUAGUGCUGCUAAAGCAAGAAUAUCCAGUGGUAGUUCAUGGUGUGCUCCUGCUGCUAAUGGCAAUCAUUACCUUCAACUGAAUUUUCCGAGUCUUUAUACAGUUAACGUUAUCACUAUCUUUGGAGACAGUUCAAGUUCAAGCUUUGUAACUAAAUAUCACUUGCAGACAAACAUUGAUGAUUUAUCUAGGAAACAAAAUGGUUACAAUGAUGCGGCUAUAGAAAAGUUUUCUGGUGGCCUUAAAUCCAAAGCUUUGCGAAUCUUUCCAUUGAAAUUUGUUGGUGCACCGUGUUUACGAAUUGAAAUUUGUGGUGGAGGUAAGAGACUUACUCCCAGACAAACCAACAGAUCUCAUUGCAACCAAAUCUGCAUCGACGUACCUCGAGAUAUCAUGGAAACAUCCCAAAAAAACUGGUGUAAAACUUGGUACAAAUAUCUCGAAUCCUCUUACAAGAUAUCUAUUGAUUUUGCUGAAGGAUACUAUGAUUGUUUUGAUAAAACUCUGGAGGUAACUGACAAAAAACCGUACAACAUUACGAAUCUUGUUCCUUACGCAACGUAUAAAGUUAAUGUAACCGCUGGCAAUUCUGAAGGCUUUGGUAGAUCAACUACAGCUACUUUUAGAACUGCUGAAGAUGUUCCCGAAGGUCCACCUUUAAAUGUUCAAAUUGUCGCCUUAAGCAGUUCAUCGUUAUCAGUUACGUGGGAGCCACCAGACAAGAAGAAAACAAAUGGAAAGAUAGUCAGUUACACUGUUUGUAUUACACAUUUGGAGAAUGAAACCUGUUCAAUGAAGUAUAUGAUCGAGGAACAGCGUUUGGACAUAAAUAAUGUGAAACCAGGGACAAAAUAUUAUGUUCGUGUUUUAGCUUCUACAAUAGUGGGAUCUGGAUGUUACAGCAAUGUUACAUGGGUAUUUACAAAUGGAUUGGCACCUGAACUGUCCACCAAGCAGAUUGGAAAUACGUUGACUUAUUUGUUGCAAAAUCCAAAUUUGGAAUAUCGAUAUUUCUAUGUAGUCGCUAUGAAAAAUGUCACAGAAGAGAGUCGACUGCCUUCUAACUUUGAAAACACAGACUUAGUGACUUAUUCUAAGGCCAUAUCCUCCACACAACCAAUGCCGUAUAUUGCUGCUGUAGUCUCUCGCAGAGACUUUAAGCCUGAUUUUACACUUGGUCAUGGUGAAAACACAAUGCGGCGUUCCAAUGGUGAAAAUUAUUAUAAUGGCCCGCUAAAGCCUGGCACUAGCUACAAAAUAUUUCAGCGCGUUUUCAUAAAUGAUCAGGGUGAUUAUUAUUCCACUGACUGGAGUCCAGUGGCAGCAACUGCCCAAAAGCACAAGUCUGAAAGACCCAUAACGGCAACUGCCCAAAGCACAGACGUUGGAAAAAUUGGAGCCAUUGCUGGUGCAGUUGUAGCUGCAAUUUUGCUCAUUAUUUUUGUCAUAUUGGUCAUUCUUUUUGUUAGGAUCAAUUCAAACUCUGCUACAGUGCAGUGAACUGCGUAUUGUAGUUAUUUGACGGCUACUAAAAGUUCUCAAAAAUGGGGGAAGUUGACUUUUUUUCGCGAAAUUAUUAGACGUUUUCUGAAAUUUAACGUACUAUAGAAGAAUAUGAUUAAGCAUAGAAUUUUAUUUCCUUUUUAACUAUAAGAGUGAACGAGAGUGAAUGUUUCUAAACAGUAUUUGAAAACAAUUUAGAACAUAACAUCAAAUUUUUAGACUAAGGAUGUAGUCAAUAUUUGAAAUAGGAUAAAAGCUGUAAUAAUUUUUAUCUAAAUACGUUAAAUAAGAAAUAAAGUUAAAUUACAAA